UGUGGCGUGGCGAACAGCUGACUUCUUUCAUCUCUAGCAAGUACAGGUACGGGUAUAUCAACAGAUUGUAAACGCGGCUAGGUUUCAAAAGUGAUCGUAGUUGUAGCUGUUAUGAAAAGCAGUUAUGUACCUAAUAAUCAUCGCCCUGCUUGCAAGUGUUUCCGCUUUUCCCCUUCCAAACUUGGAGGACUACUGCAGAAAUUCCUAUUGCUAUUUAACUGUUGGGCACAGGAUGUUUACCGAUAAAAAGGCUACCAAACUAACCGAGUUCCAUAUGGACUCCUGCGAAAAGAAGGUACUUCAACUUAUGCCCAAUCUGCGCACCCUGGAGCUGGAGAACUGCAGCAGUCCGGACUUCACCAUGAACGACCUGAAUCAACUUCCGUACCUAACAAGCCUUCAAUUGCGACGUGGGAAUCUUUUGGAGCUGCACGACGAACACUUCGCCAAAUGGCCAAAUAUGAAGAUCCUUGUGCUGGGAGGGAACAACAUAACUAGACUAUCCAAUGAUUGCUUUAAAGGACUAGCUCAGCUAUGGCUGCUGUCUCUGCCGGGCAAUGGUAUUCAAGGGUUGCCAUGGGAUGUAUUUCAAAACCUACCAGAACUUCUGCAUCUCGACCUAAGUGGCAAUAGAAUCGAAACUCUUCAUGAAAACAGUUUUUCUGGCGUUCCCAAGCUAGAGAUGCUGCUACUCAAUAGGAAUCCCUUGAUAUGGAUAUCGCCUGAGUCUCUACAAUCUCUAAGUAACCUACGGCUUUUGGACAUGAGCAACUGUAGACCGCUGCCGGAUCUUUCAUUGCCCGGUGCACAUACCUUGAUCCUCGAAAACAGCGGUGUGCAGCGCCUGGACAUUUUGGGCAGCGUCCAUAAACUCCAGGCGAGGAACAACCAUAUAACCGAUAUCAAAUUACCCGACAAAAGCUCUGUUAUCGAACUUGAUUUACAUAGCAAUUUACUGACCGCAACUGAUAUUCCCAAACUUCUAAUGGGCAUGUGGCGACUGCAACGACUGGAUCUAUCCGAGAAUCUCAUAGGGAAGUACGCAGCUGCCUUAAGCGACAAUACAAGCGAGCUCUUUAUGCUCCCCAAUCUUAUGCAUAUGAACCUAUCGGGAAAUCGCCUGAUGCACCUGCCGUUCGAUUCGCCAAUUCCAUGGGAAAGGCUUACUCAUUUGGACGUUUCGUACAAUAGAAUAUAUGCUCCCCCAAGGGUCGGCAUUAACGAAGCUUUCAAUCUUCAAAAUUUGCAUUUGGAGGGAAACUCUAUUAAUUAUUUUCAAUUCACAACCUGGAAACCUCAUCCAAGUCUGAAAGAGGUUGCUCUAUACGAUAACAAUUUCAAGCCUGAGGACUAUAAAAAUAUUACAAAGUUCUUCAAUAAAAUUGGAGUAAACGUCUUAGAGAAAAUGAACUCAAACAACGCGAGUCCAACUUGUAUGCCUUGUAUUGCCAGAGAUUUUCCUACUAGUAUAAGACCCGACACAAACCAAGAAAUCGACACAGAUAUCCAAGUUAAUCCUUUAAGCAACGACACUUAUCAAAAUUGGAACGUUUGGCAUGUACUGAUGCUAGUUUCCCUGAUUGUUUCCUUGUGCCUCAACUCUUUUCUAAUCGUGCAACUCAUUCGUUUGAGAGGAAGAAACCAGUUUACGCAAUCAUCAUCGGAACCUGCCUUAAUCGAAAUGCCUUCAAACUAUUCUGAUGAUGUAAUUAUGCUGUAAUAUAGUCAUUGUACUUAACAUGUAUGAAAACUGUUCGUCAAAUAAUAAUAAUGAAUCUCUGGGAUUUUUACUACCAUGCGCA